GCCAUUCAUGAAUUCGCAAGCGACACCUAGUAGUAUUAAAUAUAAGUUGGAGGUGUAUCAUAGAAAAUGUCAUGUUAUUUUCUUAAUAGGUGAUCAAAUCUCGAUCACACGUUACAUUUUAAUUCUUGUAACCGGAGUUGGUUAAUAUGCCUAAAAAAUUUGUCGGUGAAAAUAGUAAAGCCGUCGCUGCCCGAGCCAGAAAGGCAGCAGCAAAAGAGGCUGAAAAUACAAAGAAAGCUCUUGAAGCGGAAGAAAAAGCUUGGCAAGAUGAUGAUAAACAGUUAUUGAAAAAGAAACAAAAACAGGAAGAAUCUGAAAGGAAACGUCAACAGCAAUUAGAAAAGAAAGCAGAAGUGAAAGCUCUACUAGAAAAGGAAAUGGCAAAUAUAAAAGUGGGUGGCAAACAGCCUGCAUCUAAAGUAACUAGAGCAGAAAUAGUAGCUGUAAUGGAAAAGCGAAAUCAAGCAGCAACUAAAAAAAGGGAAGAAGAAAAACCAAUCGAAGAAAAUUUGAAUAGGUUGACGAUAGAAGGUGAAAGUGCUCAUAAUAUAGAUGAGGCGCUAUCUGUUUUAAGUACAAAAGAAGCCGAGGUUGAUCGUCAUCCAGAAAAACGUGUAAAAGCCGCGUAUGCUAGUUUCGAAGAAAGAAUGAUGCCUAUUGUUAAAGAGCAAAACCCUACUUUGAGGUUAAGUCAAUUAAAACAAAUAUUAAAAAAGGAAUGGAUGAAAUCUCCAGAAAACCCACUCAAUCAAAAAUUACUCUUAAACCGUUGAUACUAAACGAAAUCAAACGAAAUGUAAACACGCAUAUGACUGAUUAGAUGAUUCAGAGGAACAUGUGGAAUAAGACUCAUAAAUGUAAUCAUGAAUGGAAUCAAAUAUCUGUACACAAUUUUAUUGUAAACGAAUAAGUUAUACUCCGGUAGAAUACAUAAAAUAACGCUGUAUAAAUCAUCUUUGGUAUAACUUAUACGCUAUUAUAUAGCCUCCACAUUGCA